CCCUUUAAAUCACCACCUCAUUUACUGCUGGUCAAACCUCUGGGUGAAGCACAGCUGUAUCAGACGCAGUGAUGGUGAAGACGGCGACUGCUGUACUGUCGGCACUGCUGCUGUGUGUCGGGGGCGCACUAGCGCAGGACUUCAUGUCGCCGACCGUGAACAUUAUGGAAGAACUGGGGAAACUGAAGAACAUGGAAGAACGACUGAGAACCUUGGAAGAAACGGUGCAGAACCAGAGGGUCUUGGUGGAGCAACUGCAGAAGGAGAAUGAAGACAGAAAGGUGGCCUUUUCUGCAUCGCUGUUAGCCUUUGGAAGUGGAUAUACUGGACCAUUCAGCUCUGUGACAUCGCCACUGAUCUACAAAAAAGUCGUCACUAACUAUGGAAAUGGCUACGACUCCAACACAGGGAUUUUCACUGCGCCGCUGAAAGGAGUUUACUACUUCCGAUUUUACGCUCACUGUCACAUUGGCAUCAAAAUGGCUGUCAGUCUGUACAAAAAUGAUAAGGUGCAGUGCUCUGUGUUUUCUGUGAAGCCUUUGAGCAACGGCAACGCCAGCAAUGGGAUCGUUCUCAUUCUAGACAAAGGAGAUCAGAUCUACACCAAGCUUUGGGACAAAUCCUGGGUUUUUGAUGAUCCACAAAGCUACACAAGUUUUGGUGGAUUUCUGCUUUUCCCUCUGUGAAUGUCUGUAACAUUCAGCUUUUUGCACAGGCAAAAUCCAAUGUGCGAUGUUCCUGAUGAAUAAACCUUGCUUUCAGAGGCA